CGCUCGUUCGAUUUGGAUCAGAAAAAUAAUUUUUCUUCGGAAAUUCCAAUAUUUGUAUCUUCUUCUUCGAUCGUAAUUUGACUUUUUUUUCGAGUGAAUUUUUUGUUUUCGAAUUCGAUUUUUGAUCUCUUUGGUUCGAUCAUCAAUGGCGACCGCUUCCUCUUCUCCGCCUUCAGACUCUCCAAGCGAAGAGACACAGACGAAUCAAGAAGCGACGCAGCAAAAGGAAACCACGGAGGAGGUCACGUACAAGACGAAAUCGAUUCAGUUCCUUGGACGAAACACGCCUAUCAUUCUCCAAAACGAAAAUGGACCUUGCCCUCUAUUAGCCAUUUGUAAUGUUCUUCUCUUGAGAAACAACUUGAAUCUUAACCCUGACUGUUAUGAGGUUUCUCAAGAGAGAUUGCUGUCCCUCGUGGUCGACAGACUAAUUGAUUCCAAUAGUAAAGUCAAUAACAAAGAAGAAGGAUAUGUUGAGAAUCAGCAACAGAACAUUGCUGAUGCAAUUGAUCUCCUUCCACGCCUUACAACUGGAAUUGAUGUCAACAUUAAAUUCAGGAGGAUUGAUGAUUUCGAGUUCACACCUGAGUGUGCAAUAUUUGAUUUACUUGACAUUCCCUUGUAUCACGGAUGGAUCGUUGAUCCCCAGGAUGUUGAAGCAGCUAAUGCUAUUGGAAGCAAGUCAUAUAACGCUCUAAUGGGUGAGCUCGUUGCACUGGAGACGCAGAAUGUAGAGGCUCGAGGCGAUCAAAAUCUAGGAGAAGAUUCUGUUGAUUUUGCUGCGGCAACCACUGCAGCUUUAGGGGUUCCUUCACCGUGUCUUUCGAAAACAAGAUCUUUUGAGGAUUCUCCACCUGCUGCUGCAGAGCUUCGUAGACUUAGAAAAGGAGAUCUUGAAGAAGAAACAGAGUUAUUGCAAGCCUUGCAAUUAUCACAGGGGCAGGGAAACGAUUCAGCACCGAACACUCACGGGGACUCAACCAAUCUUGACUCUGCAUUCACAUUCGCAGAUGCAAAUCAACCUAGCACCCAUGGUGACAAUAUCUGUCACCUCGAACAGUUCAAAUCUGAGGGUGAUAAACCAUCAGAAAAUUAUAGGAAUACGAUGGAAGUUGGACAGUUCCCGGCGUCGAUUACAAUUAAAAGUGGUGAUCUUGACCAUGAUCAUUUGAAGGAAUCUGGAGAUGAGAUGGGUCGUGAUGCUGAGAAUGCGAAUAGUAACGAAAAGGCUAUCGCGGAUGUAACUUCUUCUGAGGCGCUUUCAGUGGAGAAGACUAAUCUGGUGUCAACCAAAACUGAAUGCAGUUCUGGAAGUCUGCUCGAGUCUGAUGCAACUUCUACUAAUCCAGAUUCAAGUUGCAGAUCCCAGCAUGACGAUGUACCUGAUGCGCUUACCUCACCCGUAUCUACUGAUGAACCCAUGUAUGAAGGUGAGGAAUGUGUGAACGCAGUAGCUCCAGUUUGUGCAGACAAAGAACCUGUUUACGAAGGUGAGUCACUUCUUGGUAAAAAGGCUGAGAAGACUGUUGGUGAUUGUUCUUCUGAAGGGAAAGCUACUGAUGGGCUCACAGCAGAAGAAGGUGAACUAAUCAGGAAUUUCAUGAAGAAUAGUGCAAGUCAAUUAACCUUUUGCGGACUCUUUCGCUUGCAAGAAGGCCUCAAAGAACGUGAACUAUGUGUUUUUUUCCGCAACAAUCAUUUCUGCACCAUGUUCAAGUACGAAGGUGAACUUUAUCUUUUGGCUACAGAUCAAGGUUACCUGAAUCAGCCUGAUUUGGUUUGGGAAAAGCUAAACGAGGUUAAUGGCGACACUGCUUUCAUGACCAGUACCUUCAAAGACUUCAAGAUUGACAGCGAAACAAGUGGCGCAAGUGGCACAUGGGAUGAACGAAACGCAGUCACAAAUACUGCUGAUUAUCUUGCCAGCAUCAACAAUGUGGCAGACACAGGCAUGGAUGUCAACUCUGAUCUACAACUGGCGAUAGCUUUGCAACAACAAGAGUUUGAGGACCAAAGCCCACGUAGUAACCCAACUCCACAGCCAACAAGUGUUGGUGCAUCACGACUGAUCACUGGGCCACAGGUACCAAGGAGCAACCACAGGCCAUCAUCAACUGCAGCAUCAUCUGCGUCUUCUAGACAGGAAGCCAAAUCUCCUAAAGAUAGCAAAUGUAGAAUCAUGUAAAUCCUCUAUGUCAACUUCUGUAAAUUUCCAACUUUUUUUCCGUAACUAAUUUUUUUUUUCCUUUUGAAAGAGCUUUUAAUCUCUGUUUUAACAUAAAAAAAACAAAGUAAUAAACUGUAAUUGCGCUUUGCUAAGA